UCUUGACGCUCCGUUUGUGUUGCUGCGGUUGCUUCUGUGACGUCAGCCGCUCCUUCGCCGGGAUAAAAGCAUGAAGCGGAGCAGACCGUGAGCAGCUCCCGGUUCCUCCGCGCGGACUCCGACAUGCUGGGCAGCAGGAGGAAAGCAGCUCCGGAGGACAACGGAGCCGGGACGUCCGAGUCCAAGGCCAUCGACCCUCUGCGGAACCUGGGAGUCCACACGGAUGAAGAUGUGAAGCUGAUGUUGCAGGGAUCCAGCAUGGUGAAGGUCCGCUCACCUCGCUGGCAGAAACAACGAACUUUAAAACUGCUGGAAGAUGGCAUCACAAUCUGGUGUCAGUCCCACAAAACCUCCAGCCGGGCCAAGGAGCAACAGUCCUUCUCUGUAUUGGAGGUGGAAUGUGUUCGUGAGGGUUGCCAGUCAGAGGUGUUGCGGCGGAUGGUUGGUUCGGUGCCCAACGACCGAUGUUUGACAGUCAUUUUCAAAGGACCCCGCAAAAGCCUGGAUCUCCUCUGUCAGAGCAAGGAGGAGGCUCAGUGCUGGGCUCGUGGCAUCCGCACCCUACAGGAGAGGGUGGCAAACAUGACCCACAAAGAAAAACUUGACCACUGGAUUCAUGCUUUCCUGAGUCGGGCCGACCAGAAUCAUGAUGAUAAGAUGAGCUACAAUGAGGUUCAGACUCUGCUGCAGAUGAUCAACAUUGACCUGAGCGACCAGUACGCCCGCAGCCUCUUUCAGAAAUGUGACCAGUCUGCUGAUGGUCGCCUGGAUCAUGGGGAGAUUGAGGUCUUCUGCAGGGAGUUGUUGAGAAGGCCAGAGCUGGACGCUGUGUUUAUCCGCUACUCUUCAAAUGGCUGUGUGCUUUCCACUGUGGAUCUGAGAGACUUCCUGCAGGACCAGGGAGAGGAUGCCUCACUCAUCCAUGCCCAAAGCCUCAUACUCACCUAUGAACUCAAUGAGUGGGCCCAGAAGAACCAGUUCAUGACACCCAAUGGUUUCACCAUGUACAUGCUGUCCAAGGAGAACUGUGUGUUUGACCCCGACCAUACCAGGGUUUACCAAAACAUGACGUACUCACUGGCUCACUACUUCAUCUCCUCCUCUCACAACACCUACCUCACCAAGGACCAGCUGACUGGAGAGAGCAGCACGGAGCCGUACAUCCGUGCUCUGAAUCACGGCUGUCGCUGUGUGGAGUUAGACUGCUGGGAUGGAGAUCGAGGAGAACCAGUCAUCUAUCAUGGACACACCCUGACCUCAAAAGUGCCCUUUGUAGAAGUUAUAGAGACCAUCAAUGAGUACGCUUUCAAAGCGUCUCCUUACCCCCUGAUUCUCUCGCUGGAGAACCACUGCUCUGUAGAGCAGCAGACCAUUAUGGCUCGACACCUACGCACCAUCCUGAGGGAAAAGCUGCUCACCAAACCCCUCAGUGGCCUGGAUCCUCAAUGCCUGCCAUCUCCAGAGGAUCUUAAGUUUAAAAUCUUGGUGAAGGCGAAGAAGGAACGCAUAAUGGAGGAGACCUCAUCCAGCUCCUCAGAGCUCAGCUCCUCAGAGGAGGAAGCCGAAGGCAAACCCAGGAAAAAGAGAGAGAACAAGAAGCUAUCAGGUGUUUUGAAGAUGAGUCUAGAGUUGUCCGAUCUGGUGGUGUACACUCGGAGUGUUCCCUUUAAGGGUUUUGACCAAGCAGCCAGAAAUCCAGCCACUGAAAUAUCGUCCUUCUCAGAAAAUGAAGCCCUCAGGCACAUCAAAGACUCAGGGAUGCAUUUUGUACGUCACAACAGCCGUCAGCUUAGCAGGAUCUACCCCUCGGGCCAGCGCCUUCAGUCCUCCAACUUCAACCCUCAGGACAUGUGGAAUGGAGGUUGCCAAAUGGUUGCUUUGAACUUCCAGACACCUGGUGAACAGAUGGACCUUAACCAAGGUAGAUUCUUGCAGAAUGGCCUUUGUGGCUAUGUCCUGAAGCCUCGUUUCAUGUGUCAGUCAGAUACAGCAUUCAACCCUGAGAAUGUUGGAGGAGGUCCCAGUCACCGGCCUGCCCUUCUCACUGUCCGGGUUAUUUCAGCUCAGCAGCUGCCAAAACCAGACUGUGACAAACCCAGCUCCAUUGUGGACCCUCAGGUGUGGGUGGAGGUACAUGGUGUUCCCAUCGACAACAAUAAGAAGAAAACGCAUCAUGUCGACAACAAUGGCUUUAACCCUCGGUGGGACUGUACCUUUAACUUUACUGUCCAUGUUCCUGAUCUGGCUCUGGUUCGCUUCAUGGUGGAAGACCAUGACUACACCUCAAGUAAUGACUUCCUGGGACAGUUCACCCUGCCGUUCACCAGCCUUUGCACAGGUUAUCGUCAUGUUCGAUUACUAAAACUGGAUGGCUCAAGCCUUUCUCCUGCCUCGAUCUUCAUCCACAUCAAGAUCACUUCACAUCAGAGUCCCUCUAAAUCACCGGCCAAAUCACCAGCCAAAUCACCGGCAUCUUCAGCCAAGAACUACUAAAUACAACCUGGACCC